AUGCUCGAAUUACGAAGCUGUAGAUAUUUGCUUAACAGUAGUAAAAGGUUCGUCCCUCAAGUAACUUGUCAUUACUUAAGAGCGAUAGCAUGCCACAAGGUUCGAUUUUAUUCUCAAACGGUUAGCCCUUCAGAAGUACGAGAAACAUUGAACUCUCAAAGUGAAAAUAUCCUGGAUGAACUGAAACAGAGAGGUUUAGUAUGUCAGGUCUCACAGCCAGAGGUCGCCCUCCAGACGAGGUUAAACAGCGAUGACAAGAUCAAGCUUUAUUGUGGAGUGGAUCCCUCUGCUCAGUCACUGCAUUUGGGAAAUCUAGUUCCAUUGAUGGUUCUGUUACACUUUUAUGUAAAAGGUCACGACAUUGUGACUGUCAUAGGUGGAGCAACAGGAAAAGUUGGGGACCCUAGCGGGAGGAAGACUGAGAGAGACGUUAUGAAGAACGAGAUCAGGCAAAACAAUGUUACGUCUAUAUCGCAACAACUGCAAAGGUUUUUUAGAAACGGAUUAGAAUAUUACAGAAACCGAUAUGCUCUCACAAGAGAUGUUUCUUCUGGAGAGUACACGCCAAGGAACAAUUUCAACUGGUGGAAAGAUAUUAAAAUGUUAGAUUUUUUAGCUGAUUUUGGUGGACACAUUAGGGUACAGUCAAUGUUAGCGAGAGAUUCAGUUUCUUCCAGGCUACAAACCAAAAACAGCCUUGGUUUCAACGAAUUUACUUAUCAAAUUCUACAAGCCUACGAUUUUUACCACUUGUACAAGGAAGAAAACGUGACUAUACAAGUAGGUGGUAACGACCAAUGGGGAAAUAUAACAGCAGGAAUUGAUCUUAUAAAUAGGAUGCAGCCUAUACAAAAAAAUGGUUUGCCAUUUGGCGUCACCGUACCCUUGUUGACAACGGCGACAGGAGAGAAGUUUGGGAAAAGUGCUGGAAAUGCUGUUUUCAUCGACCCUAAAGUAAAUACAGCAUAUGACAUUUACCAAUUUUUCUUCAACACUUUGGAUGCUGAUGUGCCCAAGUUUUUGAAAAUGUUCACCUUUUUAGAUUCAAAUGAAAUCAAUUCAGUUGUGGAAUCGCAUGGAAAAUCUCCUAAUUUACGUCACGGUCAAGCUUUCUUAGCUAAAGAGGUAACAGAUAUGCUAUAUGGAGUUGGAUCUGGUUCGGAAUCAGAAGCACUUUCUAAUGUUAUUUUUGGACGUUAUGACGAAACCUUAUCUGCUAGCAAGUUAAUUGAACUGUGCGAAAAGGCUCGAAUUUUGCAACAUGCUAAUAGGAAGGAUGACCUAAUCAAAUUAAUUUGUAAAUUAAUAGACUGUUCGGUAUCAGAAGCCAGGAGAAAAAUCUCCCAAGGAAGUGUUUAUUUACAUUAUUCGAGAACUAAAGUUAACGAGAACAUUUCUAAUUUGGCUCCGUUCUUAAUAGAUGAUCGAGUAUUGAUAAUGAGAAUAGGAAAGCAGAGAUGUUUCAUAAUAGAAAUGCCUUAG